AUGGGGAGGACUGGAUUGUUUGAUCUUGAAAGGCACUUCGCCUUCUAUGGAGCAUAUCACAGCAACCCGGUUAACGUUUUGCUACACACUUUCUUAGUAUGGCCAUUAAUCUUCACUCUUGAUGUUCUUCUCCACUUCACACCACCUCUCUAUAAUUUCCCAUCUGGGUUAAACUAUCACGGUUUCGAAUUGAAUGUCGGGUUGGUUUUGACUUUGAUGUAUGCUAUCGUUUGUGUCAAAUUGGACAAGAAAGCUGGGUCCUUGGCAGCUUUGCUAUUGUUUCUCACCAGGGUUGGAGCCAGUGUUCUUGCUAAUGGGCUGGGUUUUGCUAAGUCAUGGAAGCUUGUUCUUGCUGUUUAG